AUGUCAGAUCAGCGAGGCCUCAUUCCGCCAGCGAGCCCGUUGUCUCGCGCCCUGUGGAGUUUCUCAUCGCUGUGGUUCAUCGUUCCCCAAGGAACGGGGAUAAUAGCGGUAAUACUCUAUCGACUGAAAUAUCAAUUCAAUGGGCUAACAACUCUUGCGACGAUCGUAUGGAUCUACACCAUCGUCCAGCUCGGUUUAUUCCUCAUCCUCUAUCUCUUACGCACAUUCCUACACCCAAGACAUGUCCUACACCAGCUACGGAACAACAGCGCCGAAACAUCCUGCCUCUGCUGCAUCCCCAUCACCUUCACCUCAAUCCUCCAGAUGGCUGUCUUCCAAUACGGAGACACAGCUGGGCUGGCCAUCUACAUCCUGUGGUGGGUAAACACGGGCAUGGACAUGAUCGCCUGUAUGGUUAUCCCAUUCAUGCACCUCAAGAUGCAGCAGUCGGGCACACGACACGUACAGGCCGACAUGCUGAUGCCAUUCCUUGCAAUAUUGACCUCUGCCGCAGGCGGUGGGGUUAUAUGUCACCUAGCGCGUAUCAGCCCCCGCCUCCGGGUCCCUGCCAUCAUCAUCUCCUACCUCGAAGUCGGGGCUGGCCUUGCCGUCGUUGCUGCGUUCGACACGAUUAUACUCUAUCAGUACUUCGGUAGCCCGUUCCAGACAGCGGACAUGGUGUACCAGGAUAUGAUUAUGUGUGGCCCUUACGGACAGGCUUCGGUCGCGCUCCAGGCUUUGGGCGAGGCUGUUAUGGCCGGUAGCUUUGCAGCGUAUGAUCGCGGCCAGCUUCUGACCGCCACAGCGGCUGGUCCGUUUGCUUUCAUCAGCCAUUUCACCGGUCUUCUUGUCUGGGGGUAUGGGGUCUUUUGGUGGUUCUUUGCCAUCCUAACUAUAUGUUAUACUCUGCACACACAACCGAGGGGCUGGAAGCAGUCACGGUUCACCAUGUCUGUGUGGUCUGUGGUUUUUCCGUGGGGUACUUUUACCAAUGCUGCCGUUGAAUUUGGGAGGCUUAUGGAUUCCCCUGCCUUCAAUGUGUUUUCCACCGCUCUUUUGCUGCUACUCGUACUCAUGUGGGUCAUCAUACAAAUCCUAACCCUGAAGGGCAUCGUAACAGGGCGAGUCUUGGGGCUGGAUCACGGAUGGAAGAAAAGAUAUGAUGAUCGACGGCCUGCAAUAAUCAAAGAAACGUGA